AUGAUCGAGCAGGUGCUGGCUCAGAAAAAAUACAGGGAAGAAAGGCUACAGGUCUUAGUGAUGAAAAGGUCGAUGGACUCACCUUUCUUCGAAGAAAUAAGGCGGUUCCGCCCACCAGCAAACUUUGUGCAGCCCCAGUUCAAGGAGUUAUUCGACGGAAAGAGCGGCAAUCCAGUGGAACAUGUGCAACAUUUCCAAGCUUCAAUGAGUCUGUGGGGAGUUAGCGAUGAGUUGUUGUGCAGAACCUUUCCUGUGAAACUGACAGGUAAAACUUUGACUUGGUUCUCACAAUUGGAAUCAAAUUCAAUUGCGAACUUUGGGAUGUUGUUAGACGCAUUUUUCGAGCAAUAUAAGAUCAAUCUGGGAAGCAAAAAAGGUAGCAGUCACUUAUUUGGAUUGCAUCAAGAAACAAAUGAAAGUCUGGCAGCUUUCAACCAACGGUUUCGCCAAAAAGUUGGAAAAGUCGGCACGGUUGAUGCUGGGAUCAUCAUUGAAGCAUACAAGAAUGCCUUGCCUUAUGACGAAUUCGGGAUAUUCAAUUCCUUAACCGUGCAACCGGCAGGAAACCUCAAAGAAUUAUAUGCAAGGGCAGAUAGCUAUGCAAGGGCAGCAAAGGAAAAAAGAGCAAAGUUGUCACUGACGAAGGGGACAACAGAAAUUUCAUCCAAAGUGAGACAUCAUCUGGAUGACGACUCCAAGAAGAAAAAUCGUGAGGGUUCGGAAGGCCUUACUGGAUAA